UAACGCAAUAUUUUUUUUUCAGACGUUCCGACAUGGAUUCCCUUACCAACCUACCGCGUUGGCCUUCGAUCCAGUGCAGAGGCUGCUGGCCAUCGGAUCUAAGUGUGGAUCGCUUAGAAUUUUGGGUCAGCCGGGGGUGGAUGUACAUGUGCGCCACGACAUGGAUGGUCCACCAGGAUCGGCGGCCGUACUGCACCUCCAGUUCCUAGUCAAUGACGGAUCUUUGAUCUCGUGUACGGCCGACGACACUCUGCACUUGUGGAGUUUCAAACAGAAACUGCCCCAAAUCGUGCAGAGCUUAAAGUUUCAAAAAGAAAAGAUUACUUGUAUGCAUUUACCGUUGCAGUCCAAGUGGUUGUACGUAGGAACGGAGAAGGGAAACGUCCAUGUUGUGCAAAUUGAGAGUUUCUCCCUCUCCGGGUAUAUAAUUAAUUGGAAUAAAACGAUUGAACUGACCAGGAAGACUCAUCCCGGGGCGAUAGUUCACUUGAGUGAUAAUCCUUUAGAUCCUAGUAAGUUACUAAUAGGUUAUGAGAGUGGCCAAAUAGUUUUAUGGGACCUGAGAAAUAAAUGUUCGGACAUGAGGUGGCAAUCGGCCGAACUAAGGUCGAUCGCGUGGCACUACGAGGGUAAGCAGUUUAUGUGCUCGCACACAGAUGGCACCUUGACCACCUGGAACAUCAGGAACAGUCAGAAGUUCGUUCAUAUUUCACAACCACAUGCCAAAUUGAACAAGGACGGCAAACCCGAGCAAUGUAAAUCAAUAAACAAAGUCGAGUGGAAAACUAGUAAGACGGGGGAGGCAUUUGUGAUAUUUUCCGGCGGGAUGCCCUACGACCAAGCAUGUAGAACGCCCAGUAUUACCGUUGUACAUAACAAAACCACCACGGUCUUAGAAAUGGAGCAUAACGUUGUCGAUUUUAUUACUGUUUGUGAAUCACCUUAUGUAAGCGAUAUGCAAGAACCAUUAGCGAUAAUCGCCCUGCUGCAAAACGACUUGGUGGUGAUGGACCUGCAAACACCCGGUUAUCCGUGCAUAGAGAACCCUUAUCCGAUGGAUAUCCACGAGUCGCCAGUGACGUGCGUGACUUACUUGGCCGACUGUCCUGCGGAUCUUAUUCCUGCCUUUUAUUCGGUUGGUAGGGCGGGGGGCGUGGCCUCGAAACGUCACCAGAACGCACUGAGCGACAUGGAUUGGCCGGUCAACGGUGGCACGUGGUCCGCGCAGGGCUGUAGCUACCCGGAAGUGAUCUUGACCGGUCACGCGGAUGGCAGUAUAAGGUUCUGGGACGCGAGCGCGGGCACUUUACAAGUACUCUACAAGCUGAAAACGUCCAAGGUGUUCGAGAAGCCGAAGAGUAGAUCGACGGAAAGUGAGGAGGAUCCGUUCGCCGUACAUUUGAUCUCCUUAUGUCCGGAGUCGAGGAAGUUGUGCGUCGCGGGCGCUUCCAGUCACGUGAUAUUGUUUAGUUACAAGAAAGUGGAAUGCUGUGAUGAGGUUAUGGUGCUUGAAAUCCCCAUAGUGUAUGAGAUAAUGGAGGACGAAAUAUCUCCGGAUUGUCAAUUUUCCGGACCGGGUAGUGCCGGCUCCGGCAACAAAAUCGACAUGCUAGAUUUCGACAAUAAAAAGGAAGGAUCGGUGAAAGUUAAAAGCGGACCCCAGAAAAAACCUCCCGGUUUCCAAGCGCAACUUGUGUGUUUGACUCCGUGGAACAACGGCGAACCUCCCAGCCACAUUACGUCCUUAACCAUCAACAGCGCGUACGGAUUAAUGGCAUACGGAAACGAAUCGGGUUUGGUAAUAGUGGACAUCGAGCAGCGGGUGUGUCUAUUGAACGUCGGCAGUCCGGACCUGUAUGGGGCACAAGAUCCGUACUCCCGUUUGCCGGUGCGCAGCCCGAAGAAGAACCAGGGGCACCACGUGACGCAGCUGCAACAUCUCGGUCAAAUGGGGCCCGAGUUCGGCGCGCAGGACUACGACCGGCAACCGCGCAGUCCCAGCAUCGACCAGAUGGGCCGUUCUCCCGAGUCUCCGUUUCCAUUCGCUCCCUGUCCCACCCCCGUCGAACAGGCCCAAGAGGCGACCGAGGAGGAUCCGCCGCCCCCACAACUGGCCACCCGAAGGAAAUCCUCCACGUGGAAGGGCCUCAAGAGGCAACUGAGCAGGGUGGACAUCAAACUGAAAAACCCCCUGAAAGACAAUAAGAGACACAGUAUUUUUUAUUCGGGGGUGUUGCCCGGAAGUGACGUGAUCGAUCAGUUCGAUGAGGAGGAGGACAUGCCGCAAUCUCCGGAGUCCCUGGAGGACAGCACCGUCGUGGUGGACCAAUUGAAUCGUGCAAAAAGUCCGCAGCAAGAGAACCACUUUACGUCGUACUACAGCGAACCGUCGUCCGGCCAACUGUCCCCCAGUACUCUAGAGAUAGAGGACGAUUUAGAAAUCGAUAAUUCGUCGACGAUGGUCGAUAUCGAUCAGCAGCGGCGUAAGAUGAGCUGCGUGAUCGUGAGACCGGACAAUUUGGAACUGAUGCAGGAGGAAACGUUUCCUCCGGUACGACCGCCGCGGGGCGUGAGAAAGAAAAGUACCGCCAAAAGUAGUAGGGAGGGUGAACGGCUGUUGUCCGUUCCGAAUGUGAAAUUUUUAAAAACGGACGGUGGGCAGGUCCUGAAAGAUUUGAGGGAGAAGGACGAUUCGACGGUGACCAGCCCCCAGCCCUCGUUUACCGGCAAUUUUAUGCGACGUUUUAGUCGGGUAGACAAACUGGACAGCAGUUUCUCCCGAUCUAGAUCCAGUUCGAUGAGCAGCCUGGACAACAUCACCUCCGAAGCCAUCCAAUGUUUGGUAUUCGUCGAUUCCUAUUCAAAAAAAUCCGAACCGACCUUGUUGACCCCGACGUUAUGGAUAGGCACCUCACUAGGGUCGGUACUACCGGUGGUAAUCACCCCACCGGAUCCGGACAGCAGAAGCUCCCAGCCGGUGGUGGUUUCGAUGGUCGGCAUGACCAUCUUCAGGUUAAAAGGGAGCAUCUUGACACUGUCCUUCCUUGACUGUAAUGGCGCUUUGGUGCCCUCCAGUUACGAGGUGUGGAGGGACGACAAUCGGGAUAAAAGGGAACGAGAUCGGACUCCUACAAGGAAUCAGAACCGUAUGAGUCCGACCCUGGGCGGGGACGGUGGCGUCUCGAGCGGGCGAAGCGAUAGUUGUAGCGGGGAUCGCCAAUACGUCGUCAUCGCUAGCGAGAAACAAGCGCGAAUCGUGGGACUUCCCACUCAAAACUGCGUCUAUCGCCAACAGUUGGCCGCGGACAGUGAUUUUGUUGUCAAAGCUGAUGUGAUAACCUUUAAAGAUAGUGUAUGUUUGGUAAGUUACGUAUCGAGCGGCCACCUGAUGGCCUACAGUCUUCCCAGUUUAAGGCCGCUUCUGGACAUUGACUUCCUGCCUUUACCAGAGUUAAGUUUCCAGACACCAAGUAAUAAGGGCAUUGUAGACCCAAUGUUAUCGAUAUGGGGACAACAACUUAUCGUAAACGAGGAUACUGACCAGAUCGCUCGAACGUUUAGCUUCAGCAACAAGGGACACGGCUUGUAUCUGGCCUCGCCUUCUGAAUUGCAAAAGUUCACCUUAUGUGCCGAAUUUUGUGUCGACUUGGCCGAGAUGAUGGGCGAGUUGUACAUACCGAGCGAAAUGCCCGAGCCCCCCAAAAUUGGCUUCUUCAAGGGUCUCUUCGGCGGGGGCGUCAGCUCGCUCGACCGCGAGGAGUUGUUCGGCGAGUCCAGUGGUAAAGCGAAUAAAUCGAUCGCGCGUCACAUUCCGGGGGGCAACUUACAAGACGUGGGUCAAAGGGCGAACACUGUUUGCAGCGAGGUGAGUCGCGCUCACAAACUCAUGCUGGAACGAGGGGAGAAACUGAGCCAACUCGAAGACCGGGCGGAAAGGAUGCGGGGCGAAGCGGAGAAUUUCAGUUCUACCGCCCACGACCUCAUGCUCAAGUACAGGGACAAGAAAUGGUACCAAUUAUGAAGCGCUUAAGUGACUGUAAUCAAUAACGUUAAUUUCACACCGCUACGGUUAUUUAUUGUGAUUGUUCUUCAGUGCAAAUUAGGUAUAUAUGUUUUUUUUUUUGAGGUUAUCGGGGUCGUAUGUCACGUGACUGUACUCAAAAUUAAGCUUCCCCCAAUGCUUUCUAUAUAGGACGCUUUUCAGAAUUCACCGGGUUGCAAGUAACCGAGGCGUUUUAGAAUUGACCCGGUACAAAAAGCCCCACGUUUUAAAAUUAACCGGUGAAAUCAUCUGGUUGCGACCGACGAGGCAUCGGAUUAACCACCAAACACAAAUAUUAACCGAUUUUAUGCGGAUAAGCACAAUUUAUUGGUAAUUACCACGGGUAUCCUUGGUUUUUACACGCCAAACAACUACAUUGGGGUAAAUACCAAUCGAUAUUGGUAAAAACCAAAACGCGUUGGUUAUUCGCCUAAAAUCUGUUAUAGAGAAGGGCAGGUUGCCUUAACGCGAAAAAAUUUUGGCCCUCUACUAAAGGUGCAAUAAUUCGAACUAAUUUUGACAUUUGUAAGCCAUAACUCUAUUGGCAACCCGUCUAACCAUAGUUCAUAGACACAGUUUCAUAAAUUGGGCAAAUAUCUAUACAAGACCUGCAAAUUUAAUUUUUGUAACCAAAAGAAUUAAAAAACUUUUGUACCAUUAAAUAACUCCUUCUACUUCAAAAAAUGUCCUCUGGUAAUAUUAAUACACAUAUGUUAUAUGCAAAAAAUAAUAUUUCUUCAGUAAUAAUGUCCAUGUAAAUUACAGGUAUAAAAAUAAAACACGACGAUGUAUGAUUUUAUGCAGCAUUAUGUUUCAUAGUAAUAAAUUGCCCAUUAACAGCAAAGUGAUAUAGAGUUGGCUUGUUUUCAGUAUACUCAAUAGUUAGUGGCUAUAUUAGUACCACCUUGAGUGCGUCAAGUCUUUAAUGCAGUUAAUUAUAAGGUUUUUUUAUAACCUCUUGUCUAAACUCGAUGUUGUAUAAAAAAAUAGGACACUGGCAUUUUAUAUAACUUUUUUAAAGAUCUUGAAUCAUGAAUACAGGAAAAUGAUUUGCUUAGCUGGAGUUUUUACUCAGAGAACCUGAGUCCUUAAACCCUGAAAUUCUUUGACUGCAUUUUUCAUAAAAAAGAGGGCACAACAAUGAUCUAGUUGACUCAUAGACUCUGUAAUUAAGGUGUUUCAAAAUUGUUUUGUAUUGUCCAGAAUUAAAAGGUAUAUUGGAGAGUACAGCUUGAAGAGUUCUUAGAGAUGGUAAUUGGAAAAAGUGCUGUUGUAAAGUUAUGGACUGCGUUUAAAAAUUGAGAGGGCAAAGACUUCUUCGUUCACUGACCACCUGCAACCAGAAGGUGGAUCAUUUAGCAAUUAAGAGUCAAUGAAUUCUUUAGUUACUUCAUUAAGAUUUUCUUUCAAGAGACUUUAAAGAAGCAAUAAUAUGCUCUUUCAUUUACUUGCUCAUGGUGGAUUUAUGGACAUUAUUCAUUGGUUUUCAAUGUAUAACAAUAAUUUCCUGCUCACGAGUUAAGCGCUAUUUUUUGAAAGACCAGCAUCAGUAAGAAUGCCUUUUGUACUCUCUAAGAGAAAAAAAGAUUAAUCAAUAAAAUUUGUUGAAAUAUUGGAACAAACCCUGCAAGUAUUGAUGUUGAACUAAGGAAUAAUUGAUAGUAAAUUAAUAUAUUUUGAAAACAAAGACCGGUUAACUUUCAUGUUUUUUCUAUUCAUUUAGACCAUGUUGUUUCCACAAAGAAACCCUAGGUCUAGAAAACUUGCCCCAUUCCAAAUUCGAAGCCCUAAUUGCACAAAAAAUAAAACAUGAAAUUCCGGUAAAUAGAAAGCCAUUAAUUUCAGCAACUUUAUCUUGACCCACGAGGCAACGCCUUCCCAAAACUAAUAACUCAACGUCAAAACUGUCAACAACGUCACUACUGUCAAAUAUUCCUAAUGUCAAGUCACCCUAAGAUGGCCGCCGUCCGAAAUUCCGCUUUGGCGAGUCAAGUUUCAUGGGGCUAGGAUUAACUGAGUUUUUAAGGUGGAAUGUCGGUCACCUAUUUUUUUUGUAAAUCUGUUGUUGCUCAUUUUUCAUUUUGAUUCAAGUUUAUUUUGGUAGUCCAGUGAUGAUAGUAAAAGGAUAAACAGAAAACUUUAAUUUAAUCUUUUUUUUUUUCAUUUUGUUGGUUUCUGGGUAACGACUAUCAAAGCCAAAAAACUUACUAGAGACCCUUACAAUGGAACCGGGUCAUUUUUUUUAAAUUUUUUUAGUUUCUUAAAUUCAGGGGCAACUUAUUUCUAGCAUUUUCCAUAGUUUGUUUGGUUUGCUUUGAAAAAUAUAAACAUAAACAGAUAUUAUUAAAGCUGCCAACUGUCCAACAAAAUCUAAGAAAAUCAACCGAAGCGUUUCCGAGUGUUUAAGCAAAAUAUAUAGAUUUCAAUUAUUGAUUGUUAGACUGUGGUUUAAAUAACCGAACGGGUUAAUUCAACCGGUGAAUUCUGAAAAGUACCCAUAAGAACAGUCUGCGUGCGGAAAUAUCACGUCACGCCAUUUAAUUAUUGCGAAUUAAGCACGGCAAUUUAAAUACAUGAAAAAAUAUGAAUUGUUUCAUAAACUAAUAAGAGGUUAAUAAUUUUUUUUCGUUAUUUUAAAAUAGAUUAAUUAUAAUUGGAUAAUUAAACAUAUAACUAAUUACAAAAAAUAUUAAGACGGUCGUAAUAUUCUGUAGCGUCUACAUUGGCAAAUAUUAAAUAUUUUUUUAUAAUUGCUCCAUAUAUGCCAUAUAAUACUUUUUAUAAUAGGUAUCCAGGGUGUUUCACAAGCAACAUAGAUUUGUCAUUUUCGCAGAUCAAAAAGUGUAAAUUUUUCAGUGGAAGACAAAUAUUAAGGUGGUAGGGAAGACUGGCCUAAAAUGACAUACCACUUUAUUUUUGCUUAUUAAUUUUUUAUUCUUUUAAUGUAAACAUACAAAAUCAUUAGUAAUUUAUAAUACUAAAGGUUUAUAAUAAGAAUAUAACCUAAUUUUUUUUUAAAUAAAUGAAUAAUCCUGGCGAAAAAAAUAUAAAAAAAAACAUGUAAAUGUGUCAUUUUACCCGAGCAUACUUGGGUAAAAUGACAUAAGAAACUUACAUAGGUACAUAAGGUCAUUACAAGUUAAAACUAACAAAGUUCACAUACAUAUUGUUUGCUUCUUUUAAAAAUACCAGCACACUCACAAUUAAUGUGCCCAUUUCGAGCACGAUUGAUAUCUAACCCAUGUUUCCUUGGACUUGGACAUAGAGUACAAACAGUUACAAUAUAGGCAGGGUAGAUCAUCUUCGUCGUCUUCAUCUUGAAACGUCUCUUCAUUAUCAGAGUUUUCGUCCAUUGGGACAAAGUGUUCGGAUGCUACUAUGGCAGCCUUACGUGUUAUGCGGUUUUUACUUUCUUUGGCUACUUUCUUUGAUUUGAAUAACUUCUUUUAAACUUUCAGGGCUUUCAACUAAAUGAGUUAAAUUUUUUUUGGUUCGUUUUGCGGCUUCUCAGCAGCUUGUUUUUCCGCUUCUCUAGCUUUAAGUUCCUCUAAUAUUGGGGUACUCGUAAACACUUUGGUUCCUUCUGCCUUCCGCUUUCUUGGGUUUGCUUGUAUCCCGCAUGAACUUGGAAGAGGGGAAAUGUCUUGUGGGCGAAUAACUUGAAAUAUUGUUUAUAUUCAGUGAAUGGUUAGCCACUUGAGUAUCGCCAUCUUGAUAUCUAUAUGUGACCAUUGCAGGGUUAAACAGAUAAUCAGGAAAUAUAUCUGGGUUUAGCGGCUAUAUUCCUGUUUUCAUAAACCCACUUACAGCAUUUUGAUUUGUAGCUGCUUUUCCAUAUGCUGCAGCAAAUAACCCGCCAAUCUGAUAUGAAAAAGCUGUUCUGCCUGGAUGACAUUUUAGCCAUUUUGUAACUUCUUGAUCAUAAAAUGUUUUUACUGGCCCAAAAAAGCACACAUCUAAAGGUUGCAGCCGGUGGGUGCAAUGAGGUGGGAAACAUAUCAUUUCUAUUCCAUUUUCUUUAGCAAAUCUUGUAACAUCUAGAGUUUUAUGGCUAGUAUGACCAUCAACCAGAAGUAACACUUUAUUUGCCUUUGAAGGAUUAGAAUAUUCUCUAAAAUGUUGCAUCCAUUUUAGAAAAAUCUUGCCGUCAUCCAGCCUGUCUCCUGAGCUAUUCCCAAUGCACCUAAGGGAGCCUCGUCGGUCAGUUCCUUUUUCCAGUUUUUUCUGGGAAAAAUUAAUAAUAGGGAAAUAUAUGCUCCUGCUGCGCUCAUGCAAACCACAGCUGUAAUAUGCUGCUCCCUUUCAGCACUUGAAAUUAAGCCAACUUGUUUUCGACCUUUGGUCGCAAGUAUUCGGCUAGGUUUUUAGACAGUAGACAGGGCAGAUUCGUCUACAUUCCAAAUGCGCGUGGGGUUGAUUUUUUUUUUCAAUUGUCUCUUGAAAAGUUCUAAAAAAAUUAGCAAUUUGCGGUUUAUUGAAGGAUUGUGCUCUAGCGGCCGAAGUAGCUUCAGGCUUUCUAAGAGAUAUAUCGGGGUUUCUGGACCUAAGUCCACGUAGCCAAUCCCAACCAGCCAUUUUAAUAGUUAAGUUGAACCUGUGUGCAAUUCCAUUUCUUUCUGCCAGUUGAUACGCCAAGGAACGAACUUCAUCGCAUGAUAAACCAAAUAAACAAGAUUCCAAUAACUUGAUAUGUUGAACUAGGUCCCUCGCCAACUCUACGGAAAACGUGGUUUCGUAUCGGCCUAGACCCUUAUCAGUAGCUUUGACUCUUUUAUUUUUGUCCGAUGCUCGUCUUCUUAGCGUAGCCUGGGGUACGCCAAAUGUUUUUGAAGCUUUGAGCGAGCCCAUUUCUCCAUUGUGUACUGCCGCAAUAGCUUUUUGCAUCUGUAACGGAUCCCAAGACUGACGCGUGGUUUUUCUUGAGUAAUUUCCAACCAUUCUAAAAAAAAUAAGAAGAACCAAUUCAUUUUGAGAAACUGUAGAAAAAUAAGGGCAAAAUGACAUACUAUGUCAUUUUAGCCAUAUAGGUCCUAUGUCAUUUUACCCAACUUGCACCACAAACACAUGUUUAUUUAUAAAAAUGUUAUUUAUCAAAAAAAAUGUUAAAAUGUUGUUAUUUUACCAAUAAAUAAGAUUAAUACAUACCUGUAAUCAGGUUAAAGCGUAAAAAAUUAAACUUUAAAUACUUUAGUUAAAUCUUCUGGUUUAAAACACAAUUUGUAGACUUGAAAAAAUACAAAGCACGCCCUAUGAACGUUAACGCCUAACUAAUCCCGAUAUUUUUAAUACGCGUAAUGUAAAGACAUGCGGAGACACUGUUGACAUAAAGUUAUUCCGAAAAAUACUGUUGGCAUGUUGGAGAUUUUGUACCUAUGUUGUUUUACCCUAGUAUGUCAUUUUAGGCCAGCCUCCCCUAUCACUCUAUUUAUAGAACAUCAUGGCUCAAACAAUUACAUUUAAUAGAUAAAGUAUAAAAAUAAUUUCUAACUCCAAAUACGCAAGCGAGUUUGUUAUUCUAGUCUUCAUUUUAUGGAAGGAGGUCAUAAUAGAAAAAGGUCACAAUACACUACAUAAUAGAAUGUAUUUUUUUUACUAAAUGUUUUAAAUUUUACCCCCUAUGAAAUUAAAGAAAGCACAAAUGGGGAGGCAACCUGAUUUCUCUUGACUUGAACAUAUUAAAAUUUAGUAGUAUUCACUUGCAAGAGAAUUUUUCAUAAAUUUUAUACAAGGUCACACAAAGGUUUAAGUUAAACAAAAUAAACUCUGUUUUUAUAAAGUGUUAUUUUGUUUAAUUAGAUGCUGUUAAUGCAUUACAUUUUAGGCUAGUUGAAAUAUAUAAACUUUUAUUAUAUCAUUGACUAAUAACACCUGUAACAACAAACGAAAAAAAGCAAAUAUAAACAAAUGUCCGUGCACAGGCUGUUCUAAGCAUCAUUGAGUGAAUAAUGAGAGUCACCUUUAGUCGAGCCUUUAAUGGAUAUAAUAAUUAUUUUACUGCAUGCCUUUCGUUCAUAUUUAAACCUAAAACGAAUCUGCUCCUUGUGGUUGUAAUAUUUUGAAAUUGUGACGAAACGAACAUUCCCGAGCACAAUGUGUAUGAUCAUGCAUUAGCGGUGCUCAAAAUCCUACUUUACCACAAAAAAAAGCCUGAUAAUUAUACUUAUAACGGUAUUAUUGUGGUAAUUCAAUAAGGAAUAUACUUAACAUGUGUAUUACAUAUUAUAUACGUAUCAAAAACAAAUGUGUACUCGACAUACACACACACACACAUAAUAUAUAAAACUAUCAACCGGAAUAUUUAAAAAAAAACCAUUUCUAUAUUUGCUACUAAUUACAUAAUAGCACUAUAUUAUAUAGCUUUACGAUGUAGUGAACCAGGUUAAGAUAGAAUAUUCUACUUUCUAUAACUGUUUCUUAAGUACCUUUUAAAUGACCCCUGUAGUAAGCAAAACCAAAGCCACGCCCUUUUAUCAAUGGAAUUAAGCUCCGCCUACUCGUUGCCGAGGCACAUAGCAGGGCAAGUCAAAAAGUUGUCACUGUUAUGUGCCAUAACCUCUUUUAAGUUGUCCUUAUAUUGUAUAUUCUAUAUAAUUUAUUUCUUUACUAACUGUAAAUAGAUUUAAUAUAAGAAUUAAUAACAAUAUCUUGUAAUGUCCUAGUUGUCUAUCGGUGACAGUACUAAUAUUGUUAUUAACCAAACUAACUUGUAAAUAUGUUAAAGUAGUUAGUGAUUCGUUGUUGUAGUAAAGACACUGGACGAGAUCUUUACUUGCGUACUACUAGUGUUAUGUUUCAGUAUCGCGAAUCGACAAUAAGUAAUUCAAGUAUUGCUGGGUAGACUUUGUUUCUUCCACUGCCCCUUUUUUUAGCUUAUUAGAUCAAGUACUUACACUUUUAGGUCCAGAUUAUGGGAAAUUCAGGGUUUAACAUUUGUUCUAUAUAUUUGAGAUCAAUCAAGACAGAUCCCUAUUGGGAUUACAUGAUAAGAAUGAAGUACCAAGGGAAACUGGUGUGAAAAUGAGCAGAAAUCGAAGUCUUAGAGAUAUAGGUUAAAUUUACCAAAUAGUGUGCGGGGUGGACUGGUUUGUUUAGUAAGUUCAAAAAAAUAAAUGUUCUACCAAUAAUUUAUGUCUCAAAACUGGUUGCAGUAGCUAAAUUACUGAAUUUGAAGCUAUAGAAUGAAAUCUGCUUUUCAAAGGUUAUCUUUAAAGAGCUCUAGGUCCCUGAGGAAGCAUUUUCGGACCCAUGUUCAUAUGAACUGUUCUUUUUUUUUAUCUACCCUAGGAGUUUGUAAUACAACAGAAAACUCUGUUUAUUGGCAUGGAAUGGUCUGAGUUUGUGAUAUAAAAGAAAACUGUGCACAUUCUGCGUAGUAUUAAAAUUGAGAUUUUCACAUUUCUAAUCAAUUUUUAAUUCUUUUUGGGCUCAAUACAAGAACCCUAGGUCUAAACAUUCCAGUGCAUAAGACUAUUCUCUGACAGAGUGUAAUCCCAUGUUUUUUUUUUUAUGUAUUCAUUAAACGGGAAACCCCCAUUACAAAAAAAAAAAAUUAUAAAAUACAGUUAAGUCAAUAAUUAAUAAUCCUUACUUAAACUAUUAAGAGUUAAAGUACUUAACUAAAAAAAAAACUCUAAAGUAAAUAAACAAAAAAAAAAUAUCUUUGUAUUAACUAAUAGAUUAGGAACAUAAAUUCUCACUUGGUUUACCCAUCAAACAACAUAUUCAUUAAAAAUAUUAAUUGAACAAUACUAAGUAUUCAAAAUGUUCAUUAAACUACCCUUAAAAGACCCAUAUGAAUUGCUAAAAACAUCUAGCCUCUCCUCCCGAUCCAAAAAAUCUAGAGAUCUCUCCAAAAAAGAGUUUUUACCAUAAUUGGUUUUAUGGAAUCCAAUAUGAAAUAAAUUAUUUUGUCCAAGUGUUCUCUGAGGAAUAGAAAAUUUAACUUGGGAAAGUAAAUCCGGACAGGAUGCAAUACCAUUCAACAACUUAUAGACAAAACAGAUGUCAAACAUUGUUCUUCUUUUAUCCAAAGACAAAACUUUAACAUAAUUCAAUAUUUGGGAAUAAUCAUGAUUAGCAAUAAGAUCUAAAUUAAACAUGUAGUUAUAAUAUCUUAAAAAUUUGUUUUGCACACUCUCCAGUAAUGACUUAUGGACAUUAUACUGGGGAGUCCAGAUAAUUGAGCCAUACUCAAGCUGUGAUCAUACCAAUCCCACAUAUACAGAUUUGACAGCUUGCAAUGAUAACCCCUUACAAUUUCUAAGCAUAAAACCCAACAUUCUAUUAGCUUUUACUACUAUUUGGUCUAUAUGAUUGCAGAAGUUUAAUUUUGUGUCAAACAGUAUUCCUAAAUCCUUAGCAACAUCCUUUAAUUGAAGUUUCUGGCCGUUAAUUGUGUAAAAUGAUGGUAUCCUACUUUUUUCCUAUGAAAUGAAAUUUGGAAGCAUUUAUUAAUAUUCAAAUCUAACAAAUUAUUUUGGCACCACAGAGAAAGGCUAUCAAGAUCUUUCUGUAAAAGGCUGAUAUCAAGUUCAUUCAUAAUAACCAAGAAAAGUUUGAGGUCAUCAGCAAACAUUAAAAAUUCACAAUACUCCAAGACAUCCCUAAGGUCAUUAACAAACAAAUUAAUAGUAAAGGAGAGCAGUGUCCGCCUUGUGGCACUCCAGAACAAACUUCAAUCACCUUAGAUAUAAAAUUACCAAGUUUAAUCACUUGCUUUCUAUCACUAAGAAAGCUAAGCAACCAUUUUAGCAAUCUAUCAGAAAAACCUAUAUUUCUCAAUUUUUCAAUUAAUAACAAAUAAUUUACCUUGUCAAACGCCUUGGAGAAGUCUGUAUAUACAGCAUCAAUUUGAUACCCCCUCUCCAAGGCAUCUGACAACUUGUUGUGGUAUAUGAGUAAAUUUAUAAGAGUGGACCGACCACCUCUACAACCAUGCUGUUCCUCAACAAUAAUUUCUCUACAUUGCCAAUUUAAAUGGGCAAACAUAAGGCUGUCAAAAAUUUUGGGGAUGGAUGACACUAUGGACACACUACGAUAAUUUUUGACAUCAUCCCUCGACCCUGAUUUAAAAAUAGGAGAAAUAUAACCUUCUUUCCAUAUGUCUGGAAAUGUUCCAGAAAUAAGAGAUAAGUUAAAAAGUUUACAUAGUGGCUGUGAUAGUGCAUAUCGACAGUUUUUUAAAAGAAUAUUGGGGAUUCCAUCUGGACCAAUCAUUAACUUAUUAGGCAAAGCCCCCACCUUAUCAAACACCUCAGCCAGAUUUAUGACAGGACAGUCAAUAUUAAUUUGGCUAAAAGACUUUUCAGGUGGGAUUGUGUUUGCAUUUGAAUAGACUGCAGAAAAGUGAGUAGCGAAUAAAUCAACAAUCUGCUGACCAUCAGUUGCAACACUAUUAUCUAAAAACAUUUUCCUUGGUACAAUGUUAGAUGCUCUUUUCUUCCAAACGAACUUCCAAAAAUUUUUCGGAUUACUAGUCAAGUUUUCAUUCAAAGUAGCAAGAUAAUUUCUGUAGCACUCUUGACUUAACCUUUUACACUGAGCUCUCAGAACGGUAAAUUCAUGAUAAUCUCUUUCAUCAUGGGAUAGUUGGUAUUUUUUAUGCUUACUUUUUUUGAGAAAUACCAACGAUGUCUUAUUUUUUUUUUGAGGCACAAAACAUUGUAUACCAAAAUUUAAAAUGUUAUAGAACUCUGACACCAUAAUGUUAAUAUCGCUAUCAUUAAAAAUAGUAUCCCAAUUUAUAGAAAAAAAAUAAUCAUUAGUCCCCUGAUAGUCCCCAUUUUUAAAAUCAAAAUAAAAUUCCUCAACUAUAAGUGAAUCCAACAUUACAUUGUUGUCUACUCUAAAAUUACAGGCAUAAGAAAUAUGAUGAAUUGAGUCACAAAAAAGUGGAUCUGGAGACUUAAAACAUUUCAUGGUAAACAGAAGAUCCAGGAACACAUCCCUGCUAUUUGGCAUAUCAAUCAUUUGGUACAUAUUAAAAAAACCAUAUAUUUGUGCUAGAAACACGGCUGGUGAAUUUGUUGGACAGUCUACUUGGACCCCAUUAUGAGCAUUUGACCAAUGUACCCCUGGCAAAUUGAAGUCACCUAUCAUGUAAAACUUAGUGCUAGGAUACAUAGAACAGAUUUCUUCAAUUGUGAUGCAGUGAUCACUAUAGAUAUCAUCAGAGGACCCUGGGGGAAUAUAUACACCGCCAACAACAAAACUUGAUCCUGAACAUUUACAUAACAAAAACAGCUGUUCAAAGUGAGAUUCUGUCUUUUUAAUGAUUGAAGCUUGUAUGUGAUUUUUUACCAGUAUUAGCACUCCACCACCUCUACUCUUUGAUGUAAUCUGCACAUUUCUAUCAGCACAAAAUAUACUGUAAUUACAGCAACUAAGUUCUUCCGAAAAAAUGUCCUCAUUCAACCAACUCUUCGUAAUAACAAUAAUAUCAUAACUUAAACAAUCCAACAUUCAACCAUUCAACUCAGCAAUUUUGGUACGAAGCCCUCCCACAUUCUGGUAAUACAUUUGUUAAGAGGUACUUUCUUAUUUUGCAAUCCCAAUAGUGUUCUUCCCAAUACUUAAAAAAAAAUUAAUACCAAAUUGGUCCCCUAAAAAUUGGCAUAUCACUUGAAAGUGAUAUAUAUUUUUAUUGAAGUAAAUUUUUUAUUUGUAGAGAAGAAACAUUUUAAAUUAAUUUAAUUGAUUAUACUGAUGAAAUCAAUCUCUAUUCUUUCCAAUUAGUUUAUACACAAAAACUGCAUCACUUAAUUAAGUUUGAAUAAUAACUUACCUGUAAAAGAUAAAAUUCCUUUGGGUACAAAAAAACUAAAAUCAAAACAUAAAACUUUUAAACAACAAACCCAGAUGACAUCUGUCAUUAACGCUUGACGUUUCUCAGCUGAUAAAUUAGCAAUGUUGCCACUUCUAACGACAUUUCUUAUAAAAAGUGAAUUUUUUUUUUUGUGGGAUAUUUUUAAUUUAUUAAAUUACAUUUUAAUUAAAAACAAGCCACAUCCUAAGAUAAGUAUUGUAAAUAUAAAUUAUAUUUUAGUGUUGCUAAUAAUCGCGUUAAAAUAUAAUAUAUAGAUUUUCCAAUAUUGGCUUUGUCUUCCUCUCAGUCGAAAAUCGUUUGAUUAUUUAAUUGCUGUUGUAAAUAAUUCUUGGAUAAAUCAAUUAGUUAGUUAAAUUAACACAAAAUGGUAUUGUGUAGUUUUGUUAUUUAUUGUUAACCUUUUCUAUCAUGAUAGUUUAUAUGGCUGUUAUAUUUAUUUAGACUAUUUAUAUAAAGAAUCAGCUUGUUUCGGCCAAUGAGUUUUGGGAUUAGGCGUAACUCUAUAGAUUAUAAUAAUUGCUUAAAAAUAAAUAAACUUGAAUAAGGUACUCGUUUCAUUGUAUAGAGGUGGGAACAAGUUGUACAUUGACGAUGUUUAAGUAGAUUAUUGUGUAAAAUCAUUAUUAUUAUUAUAUAUAAUUAUUAUUGUUCUACCUAAAUAAAUAAAACAUCAAUUGUUUGUA